AUGGCAACUGCUUUUAAUUGUUAUACAGUCGGAGAAUUUUUCACCAAUCUAAAAGAUGUUCGUCUACGACACAAGUUUCAGCCACAAAACAUAUAUAAUGUUGAUGAGACAGGUCUCACAACUGUUCAAAAACCAGUUAAAGUAAUUGCUAAAAAAGGAGAUAAACAAGUUGGAAGGAUAACUUCAGCAGAAAGAGGGACAUUGGUAACAGUUUGUUGUGCAGUCAAUGCAAUAGGAAACUCAAUCCCUCCAUUUUUUAUUUUUCCAAGAGUUCAUUUCAAAGGAAGUAUGAUAAAUGGUGGUCCACCUGGAUGUGUUGGGGUUGCAAACCCAUCUGGUUGGAUGAAUAAUGCAACUUUUUUAGAGUGGAUGAAACAUUUUAUUCAAAAUGUGAAAUGUUCACCAGCUAAUCCAGUGCUUUUACUUCUUGACAACCACGAGAGCCAUGUUUCAAUUGUGUGUUUAGAUUUAGCUAAAAAAAAUGGCAUAACUAUGCUGUCCUUUCCACCACAUUGUAGUCACAAGUUGCAGCCAUUAGAUCGGUCAGUUUAUGGGCCACUUAAACGUUAUUACAAAGCAGCCUGUGAUGAUUGA